GUCAGUAUGUCAAGGACAAACUCAUCAGUAUCGAUUAUGCUGCUUUUUCGUAGCGUAUCUGUGAAGCCAUUGAUAUUUCAAAACUAUUUUGCUAAUUUAUUCUAGGUAAAGUGCCAAACGUUAUUUUCAGGGUUAUUUUUAGGAGUAUUUGUACAGUAUUUUCUUCUAAGUACUGAUCACAUACAAAAGCAGUGUUAAUAAAACCCUGUCAAUAAUGACUUAGAGGGUUCAAUUUGAUGGUUUUAAUAAAAUGUGCAUCUGCAGGGACUGUAAGAAAAAUACCAAGAAGGAAGAAAAUCUCUGCUUUUAAAAUUCAGCCUUUCACUUUCAGUUCCUACUUGGAAGGCAUAUGUAAUGAUCUUUGUGAUAACAUGUGUGUUCACUUGUAUGUGGCUGACUGGAACGUGGGGAAAGCCUUUAAAUAAAAAGAACCAAAGAGAAAAGCGAAAUAGAAAUUGGGUGUUUAAAGCACAACUCUUCCACUGGCUCAGGAGUGCUACAGUGAAGAUAAUGCUUAGCCUAUUUUAAGCACUAAUACAGUAUCCAGCUAUGCCAGCCAAUAAAAACCUGCUAAGUGGGUUUUAGAAAAUAUGUUGUGAAUACAAGUGACAAUAUUUUGAGAGCAUCUUUGCGUUGUGUUUCGAUGCUAAUAAACUUGAAGGUAAAUGAACAGCUUGUUUGACAUUUGCAUGUUAGACAAUAAUAACAUGCUUUCUUCAGGAGUAAUUAGACUGCUGGGUUGGUUAUGUGAAGAGGUGAAGAUAAAUGCAGUCGAGAAGAAAACUCCCUUGAAGUUGUUGAACUUUAAUGGUAUAGUUCUGUUUUAGCCCCUGCCCAGCAGUCUGUAUUGCACACAUGCCUGUGCAGCACACAUGCACACACACAUGCACCAGCACAUAGGCACGUACGGAUACACGCAGCAGGAGCAGAGUUUCUGAAACAGACUGCUAAGUAUAGAGGAAGUGUUCACUUCAGCACACGGUUUUGCCUUUCUGUGAAAUCUGAUUUGGUGCUGGAUGCUGUUGUGUCUGAAUCUCGUCAGUUCACCAGGAUGUGAUUUUACUCCCCUGAGGUAAAAAGCCGUCAGUGGUAAAGUGUGAUAAAUUAGUUCACACAAAUAGAUGCGCGUGCGUGUGUGCGUGUUUAAUUCUGACCUUGCUGUGCAUGUGUUUAGCUGCUCUCAGUGCCCCAGUCAAGCUUGGUGGAGGUUUAAUCCCGUGCCCUUGUACACGUAUACUUGAUUAGUAGUUGUGGUUAUCUCAGCAGAAGACAUUCCGCCCUCCUCCUUGUAUUGGUCGGGACCCGGGCAUUGGGGAGUCAAGUCGAAGGAGAAAGAAAAGGGAUUUUUGCAUUAGUAUUCUAUGAAAGCCUUACUGUCUGCAGAACAAAUUGAUUGCUACAGCGUACCUGUGCUUGGCACCACUGCUGUGAAAGAAAGGGUGGAGUGAAAAGCAGAUUCAUAGAGCUCCAGCACUGAUGCUUUCAAGGUAUUCUGUGUUCUUGAUGGAGAUGGAAAAAGAUGAAAACCAAACUAACUUCCUGGAGAAAGCUGAAGAAAGCAAAUAUGUAAUAGAACUUUACUGCCUUAGAAGUGUGUUUUGAGUGCUCUUCCUCGACAUCCGUCGUAAAUAUUCUGUAUCUCAACACAGGGACAUGAUUGGUUUUCAGUCAAGAUACACUGGAAGAAACCUGCCUGGAAUGUGACUGUGUUGCUUCUGAAAGUUUGUGAGAACACGCUAUAGACAUCUAUCUAUUAUUUAUUAACUCUGCAUCUCGAUUCAGCUGCAGCAAACUGGUCUUUGAAGUGAAUAGAAACAGAGCCCUUUUGGAUACUUUUAUUGAACAUGACUCAUGGAGAAGAGCUUGGCUCUGAGAUGCACCAGGAUUCUGUUGUUCUAACUUACCUAGAAGGAUUACUAAUGCAUCAAGCGGCAGGAGGCUCAGGUACUACAGUUGACAAAAAGUCUGCUGGGCAUAGUGGAGAGGAUCAAAACUUUAAUAUUUCUGGAAAUAUAUUUCCCAGCUGUCAAAGUAAUGGUCCAGUUCUUAACACAAGUACAUAUCAGGGAUCUGGCAUGUUGCACCUCAAAAAAGCAAGGCUGUUGCAGUCUUCUGAAGAUUGGAAUGCAGCGAAGAGAAGGCGGUUGUCUGAUUCCAUUGUGGAUUUAGACGGAAAAAAGGAAGCUUUGUUAGCUGGCAUGGUUGAAAAUGUGCCUAAAGGCAAACAGGAUAGCACAUUACUUGCCUCUUUGCUUCAGUCAUUCAGCUCUAGGCUUCAGAGUGUUGCUCUGUCACAGCAGAUUAGACAGAGCCUUAAGGAGCAAGGCUAUUCCCUUAGCCAUGAUUCUUUACAGGUGGAGAAAGAUUUACGGUGCUAUGGUGUUGCAUCCAGUCACCUGAAGACUCUAUUGAAGAAGAGCAAAGCAAAGGAUCAGAAGUUGGACAACAGCUUGCCUGAUAUAACAAAGAACCUGCCCAAAGAGAGGUUUAUAGAAUCUCCUCAUGCAGUGCAGAGCGGACCUAAAGUAGUAAAUGAACCACUGUCAUGUGCUGCAAGAUUACAAGCUGUGGCAAGCAUGGUAGAGAAACGAUCUAGUCCUGCUGCUUCACCAAAGCCCAGUGUAGCAUGCAGCCAACUAGCUUUACUACUUUCAAGUGAAGCUCACUUGCAGCAGUACUCCAGGGAACAUGCUUUAAAAGCACAAAAUGCAAAUCAAAUAGCAAGUGAGAGACUUGCAGCUAUGGCCAGAUUACAAGAAAGUGCUCAAAAAGAUAUUGGCCAGUUCAGUUUAGCAAAAGGAAUGACAAGCCAUCUCAAUGGUCAAGCAGGAUCAUCAACCAAAAUGGUAUCUAGCAAAAGCAAUAUGGCACCGUUUCAGAGUUCGGUGGGAAUCACACAUUCACCACCCAAAAAUGUUGGAUUCAAAAGUACCUUGGAAAGGAAUAAUGUGAAAACCUCUCCCAGCAACAGUUUGCUCUUACAUCUCCUGAAAAGCCAGAAUACCACCAAACAAUUAAAAGGCCAUGAACAGAGUGAGAGAGCCAGCAUUUUUGAAGAGAGUAGCACACCAACAACUAUUGAUGAGUAUUCAGACAACAAUCCUAGUUUUACAGAUGACAGCAGCGAUGACGAAAGUUCCCAUUCUAACUGUCUUCCUAUAGACUUAUCUUUUAAACAGAGGACAGACAAACCAGACACAGGUCCACCGGCGUCACUGGAUAACCUGACUCAGUCCUUGCUUCAUAGCUGGGAUCCAAAAGUUUCCUGUCCGGAGAGCAAGGAGGACAAAGACACUCCAAAAGCAUCUAAGCUGAACCCCCAUCAAAAAGUAACACUACUUCAGCUGUUACUUGGGCAUAAGAGUGAAGAAAAGGUAGACAAAAGUAAUGAGCCUCAGGGACCACACAGUGCUGCUGAUGUGGCAAAAUUCACUGUACAAACUGGUAAAAGGACUCCUGUUACUGACAGUCCCAAUGCAAAUCGAAUGACUCCACUAAACACUCCACCUUUGCUUGCUUCUGCAAAAGCAGACUCUCCUAUAAAUCUCUCUCACCCAUCAUUAGCCAUCAAGCGUAGCUCACCACCAUAUGCCUGCAGCAUCCAGCCAGACAGGCUGGUGAAUCCUGCAUCUAAACAUUUGAUAGACCUUUCAAAAAGCAAAGAAAUUCAAGGAGCUAAGCUGAGCCGAAACGACAGUCCACAAAACUCGUCAGCUUUCAGUGCCAGCAAGCUGUUGCAGAAUCUUGCUCAGUGUGGUAUGCAGACUUCCAUGUCAAGUGAAGAACAAAGAUCCGGCAAACAUCUGCUGGUGGGGAACACAGAUAAACCCGUAGGCUUGAUUGAUAGAUUGAACAGCCCUCUGCUUACAAAUAAAUUAAGUACUCACGAAGAAAAUAACAAAAUAUUAAGUUGUCAUUCUGUACCCACUGAACAAGGACUUCCAGGUUCGGAAAUAGAAAAUCUCCUUGAAAGGCGAACUGUCCUUCAGCUGCUUCUGGGAACUCCCAAUAAAGGUAAAAAUGAAAAGAAAGAGAGGGUGCUUUUAAGAGAUGAAAGUUCUCAGGAACACACAGAUAAGGCUUUGAAUGAGCAAAUAUUGACAGUGAAAAUAAAAACUGAACCGUCUGAAGAAUCAAAUGUCCCUUAUAAUUCAAAUGCACAACAAAUAAGAGAGUGCAAGGGUAACAAAUUUCAAGGAUUUGUUCAUUCGCUACAGAGAAACACAGCUGCUUCUCCAGCAUCUGAGGAGAUGAAGUCUGAGCCUCUUUCACCUCAAGAUUUUUCUUUUUCCAAAAAUGGCCUGCUAAGUAGAUUGCUGAGACAGAAUCAGGAUAGUUACCCUGCAGAUGAGGUGGACAGAAGUCAUCAAAACAAUGAGCUGGCACACCUGGAAUCAAAGAGUCUUUGCACAGUACCGAAGAAAAGGAAGCUUCAUGCUGAGCCUUUGGAAAGUCCGUUAAAAAAGAUGAAAACUAAUGUGUCUCAUGCUGCAAACAAUCACGUUUCUCCUACAGAGGCACUGUAUGGGCCUUUGCUAAACCAGCAAGAACUGAAAUUUGGCAGAAGUGAUUCAGAAUUUAAAUAUGCUGUAAGUCAUGGUUCAAAUAAUGAAAGUGAUAAUAGGAGUUGGUCUAGAGAUAGUAAAGGCUUUAACGUGUUGAAACAGCUGCUUCUCUCAGAAAACUGUGAGAGAGACCUGUCGCAACAUAGGAAUAACUUACUAACUGAGAGCAAGAAAAAAGGAAACAAAAGCAACUCAACAAUUAAUAAACCCGAAUUCAGCAUUUCUUCAGUAAAUGCGUUAAUGGGAAGUCCUGUGCAACAGAGCAAUUGCGUAGAUCACAGAACAUUUCAGUAUCCAGUAAAAAGUCCUGCCAGUUCCCCCUUCCCUGAACAUUUGGGGAGACUUGAACCUGACCAGUUUAGUGUGUGCCCCAUGCCCAGUGAGAAAGGUCCCAUUAGAUGGGUGAUCACAGGUAUGGACAAGAACGAUUAUGAAAAAGACUCUCCGAGACUGACCAAAACCAAUCCAAUCCUGUACUACAUGUUACAGAAAGGCGGCAACUCUGUUAGUAGCCAAGAAGCACAUGACAAAGAAAUAUGGAAUGAACCAUCGUUUACUGAUAGUUCGACUCGUGUUACAAUCAAAGAGGAGUUAACAUCUGACGGAGAGCUUAAAACUCCUUUUAGUAACUUAAGAAGCCCUUACAACAGCCAUGUGGGAAAUAAGACCUCACAUCAACAUGGUGUGAACGGAGAAGUGCACGGACUUCUGGAAAAAGUGCUAACAAUCAAAAAAGAGCCAGAAUAAACUACAGCCUCACCAAGGAGUUUACAAUCUGUGCUUUUGAGUGUUUGUUUAAAAAAAAAAAAAAAGAAAAAAGAAAAAAAGAAAAAGAAAAAAACAAGCAUUAAAAAAAAAAAGAGUACGAACUUGACUACUGUAUAAAUUGAGCAUGAUUUUAGAAAAGCAUGGUCUAACUGAAACAUGUUUUCAUUUGAUAAACUUUUUAUUUUUAUGGUGAUGUUAUUUAAAAUACAUGUAGAUAAAAUUUGCUUUACUGUAGACUGUCACAAGGAAAUUAGAAAGGUUGUAAUUUGUACAAGACAUUUCUGUAUGCAUCAAAUUAAGUUAUGAGUACUCUUUGAUCAGAGUCUUAUUUGGAAUUGCAAGUCUUUGGUAUAACAUAAAGUGUAAGCGUACAGCCUAGGUGGUGGUAAUGCUGCGUUUCCUCCCUCUCCUGUAAAGUAACCCUUAUUUUUUUUUGGAAGCCUGAGCACAGAGACGGUGUACUUUUCUUGGAAUGUUUAAUAUGCUUUGUGAAAUUUUAUGAAUAACUUUAAAGAAAUGGAGCAGUCCGUCCAAGGCAUUAAUUCAUCACGCUGGAAAAACCCAUGUCAGUGUUAAUAAUUGACCUGCACUGAAAUGUAAUUUUUAGUGCUUCCAAAAUUUUUAUUGUUAUUUUUAAAUCUUGCUUGUGGUCCUGACAGAUUAGUGGUGUAAAGCCUAUUUUUCUUCCUUGCCCUGCUUUUGACAAAGGCCUUCCUCAGAAUCCUUAGCCAUAGUUAUGAGUUCCUAGCUACAGUUAAGGGUUUUUUCUAGGUUUUUAUAUAAAAAGCAGAUUUUCAUAUAUCGCGCAAGUAUCACAUCAGUCUUCUGUCAGUACAUUCCUCUCACUUCCCUCCUUGAGAAGGGAAAGUCAGAAUGCCUCUUGGAGUACUGCAUUUCAUCAAGCGUAGCACAUAGAUUUGGUGAGGAAAAUGGUGGAAAGUUUGUGAACCAGAUAGAUUGUUUGUUGCUUCCUGCACAAGAGAAUGCCAGCUGUGCUCAAGCAGCACGUCAGACUUCCACUCAAGUACAGGAUAGAAUUUUUCAUUAAAAACGUGUUGGCCUCUUCCUACGACUAGGGGAGAGAAUCCAUAUUCUGCCAAUAUUUAUUACUCUCUGAACAGCUGAUUCAUGGUUCAGUGCACUGCCUUUUCUCUGCAGAAAAUCUGGUUUCAGAAUAAUUUCUCAGGUUGCACUGAGGAUAAAAUUGUGGUUUUGUCAUGUUUUGUAAUGGAUAGUGGGAUAUGUCUCAGAAAUCCUCCUCUGCCCUUUUCCUCAAUCCCCACCUGCGCAGUGAUUUGUAACAUCUGGCAAUAUCAGUUUGAGAUGGGAGUAACUGAAAAUUGUGGUCAGAGCUGAGACACCUUAGAAGAAUUGCUGACUGGGCGAGCGCCAAGCAGCACUGUUAAUGCUGUCAGUGUUAACUCCAUUUGGAGCCCUUACUACUCAUGGGGAGAGGAAGAGGACGAAAUCUGGUUCCUCUAAAUUAUGCACAUUAAUAGUUUGGCUGGACUUUUUACUUCCCUGAAAAAAUGUUCUCCAUCACUUUUAAUAUAAUUUCUAAUUCCCUGUGUUAUCAGAAAACAGCUUAGCAGUCAGUUUGCACAGAUAAUGAAAGCCACACUUGUGUUUUAAUAUUGACCAUUUUCACCACGGAGAGCUGAUGACAUGACAAAACUGCUAUUUCUUCUUUUCAGCUCAUGUUUGCAGAUGGGGCAUUUUGCUCUUUUCCUUUCUGCUGUUGUUGCAGAGACCCUUUCCCAAGCCUUCUGGCUCACUUAGGCAGAGAGAGCAAGCUGUUGUCCCCUUCCCAUCGUCUGCCCACCACCUGGGGUCCCUUCUUUUUAUUGCAGUCCCUACUGAAAGGGACUUAUCUCUGCUGGCUGGAAAAUGCACCACAAUUCUGUUGAACCCUCCUGUGGAUACCUUCUUUUAGGGAACACAAAUGUUUGGCAGUAUCCAAUGUAAAGCAUUCCCCCUGGUUUAUAUGAGAAGUAACAGAGCAACUUAAAGAUAUAUUUUUAUGUUAUUGGGUGAAGGAUAAUAUAUUAAUGGGCUGUAGAAAGAGGAUUUAUAUUUUAAAACCUUCAUGCAAAUCUAAUAUCAUUUUAAAUGUCAUUGUCUGAGGUAUAAUAUAGAAAUAAAUUUUGUCUUUAAUAUUUGCAUUUAUAAGUGGCCCAGUGACUAUUCAAAUGUCUCCUAGAGUAAUCAUUAACGAGAUAAAGUAUAUUUUGCAUUGACAGUGGAAAUGAAUUCUUUUUGUAUGAGUCAACCCAAAAGAAUUAUUUAAAAAAAAAAAAAAAGAUGGUAUUUGUUCCAUCCGUUAAAUGUCUCUUAAAGUCUUAAUUGAUUAUUUUUCUUGAAACAACGUGUAAAUAGCUAGGGAAUAUAUACAAUAUAGAAUAAUAGAUGGUCCCCAGAGUAAAUACAGGGCUAUAAUUUACUUGAAGGGCUCCUCAGAAAAAUGUGGUUUCAGUGGACGUGAAUGAAUGUGUUUUGUCAUUAAAACAAAGAUCUGAGGAAAAGGUCUAACUAA